AAGAACGAAAAGACAGAAAAUCAACCCAUCAUAUGCAUGCUAAAUGUGUUUAGUACUAUGAGUUGUGUGCGGCGGAUUAAAGGGGUGGAUUUAAUCUCUUUUCCUUUCCAAUACCCAGUGCGUUUUAGAAAUCCACUAUCAUAUGCAUUCAUGUGCUGUGACGGUAUGAAAUUAUAAUAUUUAUUGUGAUGUAUUUGGUCAGCGCGUGAUCUGAUGCAAUGGUUUCUAAUAUGACCUUGGAUGUGCUGCUCUAAUGCAGCAGAAACGAGGAUUAACGGUGGGGAAAUUUGACUGAAUCGCUCUUUAUCUCCUUACGAUCGUCUAUUUUAAUUGCAAUUUGAUCAAAGAUUGAGUUCAUAACCCGUCAGACUCGAGGAAACUGUCGCAUUCUCGGCCUGUUUUUCAUGGGGGAGUAUUUUUUGACUCAAACCAACGUAGAAACCCUCAAGAGCUCAAAACAUGCAGGAUGAUUUACUGAUGGACAAAAGCAAAGCUCAGCCUCAUCAGCAGCAAGACCCGUCAAACAUAGACCCGCCAUCCACCCCGACCCCCUCCGACCCGCCGAUUCUGGACGAGCCGAGCCACGGUCACUCCGAGCGAAUCGCUAUGGAGUCUCCGGUCCUGCCUGCUGUGGGUUUCCAUCAGGAUACCGUCGGAUCCUCUCCAUCACCGUCGUUCGGCAACACUUGGUCCACGAACACCGUGGACGAGAGCUUUUUCCAAGGGAUUCCCUCGGUAAACGGGACGAUGAUGUUUCCAAACUUUCCCCAUCACGUCAACCCGGUGUUUGGGGGGAAUUUUUCCCCGCAGAUGCGAAGAUCUCCUGUCGGUGUGAAUCAGAGGAGCCCCUACAGUCACCAGACCCUCAUCAAUAAAGUGUCCGCAUCGUCCGCCUCUUCGUCCGCCUGGAAUAACCAUCAGAACGCGGUGUGGAGCUCCGCGGCGAACCCCUGGAGCGGCAGAGACCCGCGGAGAGCGCUCGGUCUCGGACUGGGCGUCCCGUCUGCGCUCAACCCCAUCUCCCCAACGAAGAAACCUUUCCCCAGCAAUGUCAUCGGGCCCCCGAAAUAUCAAAGACCCGCAGCCCUGCAGAAACCCUGGAUGAUAUCAGAGCCUUCAGAAUCCUUCAGAACCGACAACGGCAACAACAUAUUACCAUUUCAGGAACGAAAUCGACCCUUUGACCCAUUUAACUUGCAAACCUUGGAGAAUUCUUUAAUGGACAUGAUCAGGACCGACCACGACAAAGGUCGCAUGGGUCUGAACUUUCAUCAUCCAGUCGCUGAACAUAUAUUACCACUCAACACCAGGAGCUAUGGUCGCAGAAGAGGUCGCUCUUCACUGUUUCCUUUUGAGGAUGGCUUCCUGGACGACAGUCAUAGCGAUCAGACCCUCACUCAUGGGCUGAGCUCCCCCACUCGCUGUCAGAACGGAGAGAGGAUGGAACGCUACUCCAGGAAGGUGUUUGUUGGUGGACUGCCACCCGAUAUCGAUGAAGAUGAGAUCACGAAUAGUUUCCGUCGCUAUGGACACCUGGUGGUGGACUGGCCACAUAAAGCAGAGAGCAAAUCCUAUUUUCCCCCUAAAGGUUAUGCUUUCCUGCUCUUUCAGGAGGAGAGUUCAGUUCAGGCCCUCAUUGACGCCUGUAUUGAAGAGGAUGGAAAGCUCUACCUGUGUGUCUCCAGCCCCACUAUUAAAGAUAAACCAGUCCAGAUUCGCCCAUGGAACCUGAGUGACAGUGAUUUUGUGAUGGACGGUUCUCAGCCUCUUGACCCACGCAAGACCAUCUUUGUGGGUGGUGUUCCACGACCUCUGCGUGCAGUGGAGCUGGCUAUGAUUAUGGACAGACUCUAUGGAGGUGUGUGUUACGCUGGCAUUGACACUGACCCCGAACUCAAAUACCCCAAAGGGGCGGGGCGAGUGGCCUUCUCCAAUCAGCAGAGCUACAUUGCUGCAAUCAGCGCCAGAUUUGUCCAGCUGCAGCAUAAUGACAUUGACAAACGGGUGGAGGUGAAGCCGUACGUGCUGGAUGAUCAGAUGUGUGAUGAAUGUCAGGGCGCUCGCUGCGGAGGGAAGUUUGCUCCAUUUUUCUGUGCCAAUGUCACCUGUCUGCAGUAUUACUGUGAGUACUGCUGGGCGAGCAUCCACUCGCGCGCCGGUCGCGAGUUCCACAAACCGCUGGUAAAGGAAGGCGGAGAUCGACCUCGACACGUGUCCUUCCGCUGGAGCUGAUGUCAGUCCUGCUACAUCCUCAAACCAUCCUCUCCACCCACCAAACACCUUCAACACCGUUAGCAGUAACUCGACAACUACAUACACAUGGAUUUUCCUUCUCAUUUUGUCUAUUUAGAAACAAAUAUCAUAAUAUAUGUGUUCAGUUAAUACUCUGCUUACAGAGAACAUUGAGAAAAAUACACAUUUUGAGUCUGCGUGCUCAAAAGAUGCACUUUGGCACAUACAUGACCCACAGUUAAUGUUAACGCUUAUAAGGAUGUUGUGCUUUUAAUCUUCUUCUCCUUCGUUUGGUUGGUUAGUGCUGCAUAUAGGAAACAUUAGACAGCGUGAGACUAUAUAUGAAUAUACAUUUACAGAAGUUAUAUAUUUUUUAAUUUAUAUUUAUCUAUAUACAUAUAGAUGAAACAUUUUGGGGUCAGACUUUUUAAGAAGCAUCCACUUAUUGUGACAAAAAAACAAACAAACAAAAAACAAAAAAAACAACAACAAUAGGAUAUUCCCCUUAAAAGACAGACAAAAAAAAGUUACCAAAGGUCAAAGUAAUUCAUUAAGAAAGUGAAGUGUGAUCCGGUGUAAAAAAAAAACAAAACAAAAAAAAACAUGCCAAAAUUAAGAGUAAAACACCAUUAUUUGUUCUCCGUUUUGAAAAAUAUGAAUAGUGAUACCUCAUGCAUUCAUCAUUCUGUUUGCUUCAAUUUAUGGGCUUUCAUUUUUAUGACCGUUUUUUUUUAGUGUUAUGUACAUGUGAUUGUUUCAAUAGCUUUUGCUGCUAAAUCCAUGGUAUGAAUCCAUACCGUCACACUUUAUUCAGGCUGGGGUGUAAAGACGAACAGAUCAUUUGCAAGAGUGAGCGCUCGCCGGGGCAAGAGGCAGGUCUGCGUUUGCCUCUAAACUGCAUAUUUGAAUCUGCAUUGCAUGCAGUUGAAUGUCCGAAACUCAAAUUGGGCCACACAAUCAUUUCCCCAACAAUACAGAUGCAUGACAGGAACACUGAGAAGAAAAAAGAAAAAAAAAACACACAGGGUUCGCUGAUCAUGUAGUGAGCCGAACCAGAUGACAAAGCUGCAAUAAUGUGUUUUCAAAUCAAAAUUAGAUGUAGGAUGUCCUUCUAACGAUCUGUCUUGAAGUAUUUUUUUGCAGUGAUUGUUCAUAGAAUUGUGCAAUUUUUUAUACAGUAUAUAGUUAGGUUAUUAUGACGCCUAGAACUGUGACUCGCUUUAACUGUUAUUGAUGUCUGACAUGGAAAUCCUGUGACUUCAACUAGUGUAUGUAUACAUAUAUGUACACAUAAAUGCAUACAGUCCCUUCUCUGAUAGUUCUCUCUGCAGAGAUUGCACACACACAUAUACGGUAUAUAUAUAUAUAUAUGCGUAUACACAGUAUGUAGAUAAAAACACAUAUUUUCAGAAAUAGUUUUGCAUUCGCUCGUGAUUUUUGGUUUCCUUGCAAUACCUUUAUCCAUCCCAGAUCAUAAUUAACCAUGGUUUUACUACAGUAACCAUAGCUGAACUAUGGUAUUUGUGAUAAAACCAUAGUAACCACAAAAUUGCCUAUUGUUUUACUACAGUAACCAUAUUUUAACCAUGAUAUUUGUAAUAAAGCCGUAUCAAGAAUACAGGAAAACCACAACUUUGGUAAUAAAAAUCAUGUUCUGGGGGGCGGGGGGGGUAUUAGAUUAAAUACAUUUUUUUUUUUUUAAAAUGUGUUAGUUUUAAUAUAUUAACACCAUGGUUAAUUUGUGGGACAUGUACCAUGGUUUUUAAAAGCACAGUUCUUACCACAAAAAAAUAAAAAAUAAAAACAAAACGGUUACUGGAUUUACUAUAGUGAAACCAUGGUUAAUUUUCAAAAGGGCAUGUUUGUUUAUUGUUUUUUUGGUGGAAAAUAUGGUUUAAAAAACUACUUGUACCACUUAUUAACCAUGGUUUUUAUUAUAGUUAAACUGUAGUAACCUUUCUAUGGCAGAAUGAUUUUAUUUUUUUUUUUUUCCUGAAUUAUUUUGGUUUUCUAAAGGUGUAUUAGUUAAAAUAUGACGACUGUAGUAAAACCAUGGUCAAUUUUGUGUUUUACUACAAAUACUAUAGUUCUGCUGUGAUAACUGUAGUAAAGCCUUGCUGAACUUUGGUAAGGGAUGGAUAAAGAUAUUGCGAUUGAACCCAAAAUAAUUGUGAGGGAAUGCAAAACUGUUUAAUCUAUUACAGAAAAUAAAAUGUAUAAGUAAUAUAAAUAAUAUAAUAUACAUACUUGGCCCACAACACAAACAUAGAACCAAAGAGCUCUUCUUUUCCGACUCUAAAUGACCAACAACCCACAACAUUGCACGCCUGCAAUUCACAAUACGGUGUCCAACUAGUGUGGCAAACUGACUCUGGGAGAAAUAAGCGAACAACUGGCUCUAAAAUCAAUAACUUUCGUGUGGAUUGUGUUAUGAGCUGAUAGGCCUGCACAACUAUGAAAUACGGUGGCCGUAUCGCUACCGGAAUAACCUUGCGUAACCGCUGCAUUUAUAUCCAGAUUAUCCUGCAAAGCUUGAAGUAGAAUAAUGACCUGCUAAUGUUGAUGGUGGACAUUUUUAAAACAAAAUUCAGAAAGGUAGACUGGGGGGGUUGUAAGGGGUAGAGGAACACAACGCGAAGAAACGCGUCAUGGCUGCUUAUUUAGAGCGUGGAUGAGUAUUAUGGGAUGGCAUGUGAAGGCUUUAGCUAUACUGGAUUUUUAACAGGAAAUCCCCGUUUCGUUUGUGUGGCGAGCGUCGCGUUGCCGUGAAUCCCGAGAGUCAAAAACUGUCAGCUUUUCUGUUUAGUUCGUUGUCCCGCAAAAAGAAAAGGGACGUAAACAAACUACUUUUGUAUUGAUGGAGAAAAUGAAAACGAAAAGAGGAUUGACGGUGGUCGCGAAUGCUGAUGACAUUGAAUUCUGGGUGUCUUUGUGAUAUUUUUUUCCCUGCCCAGAUUUUUCUAUAUUUGUUCCUUCUCAAUAAUAUGUUAUGCACUACUCUUUGUAUCUGGAUGAUUGAACAGUCAGCGUUUUGUUUGUUUCGUUAGGGUUAGGGUUUUUUUUUUAAAAUAGAAAAAUAUGUGUGCUUUCUGACUGACAUAAUCUUUUGCAAUACCUCAAUUUUGAAAUAUAAUAGAAGAGAGAUUAAUAUUUUUUAAGUAAGUUUAUUCAAA